UCCGGACCCGGGCCUCCCCUCCUGGAGGCCCCCCCAGGCCUCUCCCCAGGGUUCAACCGAGGCAGGGGCUGAGUUCCCUCCAAUGGCUGAAGCAUCACGUGUGUCAGCCGAGGGGCGGGCUCUUGGCAGGGCGUUUUUUACGAGUAUUUACUACCACCUCUACUCCAGAAGAUUAACCAGCCCAGUCCUUGGGUCGGGCGUCCCGUGCCAUCAUGCAGCCCGGUUAGGGGGAGACGGGGGGGAGGAAAGGGGGUCGGAAAAAGAGGACUAACACGCUUCUCCUCACCUCGCCAGGACCCUGAAGGAUGGCCGAGCCCCAGGGGAACGAGCUGGCCACCGCGGCGGCCAGAGGAGACCUGGAGCGGCUCGCCCAUCUCUUGCAAACCAAUGUCAACGUCAAUGCCCAGAAUGGAUUCGGCAGGACGGCGCUGCAGGUGAUGCGUCUGGGCAACCCGGCCAUCGCCCGGCUGCUGCUGGUGGGCGGCGCUGACCCGGACCUGAAGGACGGGACUGGCUUCGCGGCCCUGCACGACGCGGCCCGGGCGGGCUACCUGGACACCCUGCAGACGCUGCUGGAGUUCCAGGCCGAUGUCAACGUGGAGGACCGCGACGGCAACCUGCCCCUGCACCUGGCCGCCCGCGAAGGACACCUGCCCGUCGUCCGCUUCCUGCUCAACCACACGGCCAGCAAGGUGGGCCACCGCAACCGACACGGCGACACCGCCUGCGACCUGGCGCGACUCUACCGCCGGAGCGACGUCGUCAGGUUCAUGGAGGCCACCGCCAAGCCCGGACAGUGACCGGUGACUGACCGCUCCCUCCCCCCUCUGCUCCAGGACCGGACCCACCCCCUCCACCCGCGGCCGGCCACGGCCAUCGCCACCCGGAGAGCCGGGCCCACGCGGGGGGCCGGGGGGGCUUCCGAAGGGGGCGAGGGUCUCCUCAUUACCAAGGCAUCCUCAACCCACCUCUCCGUCUGCUUCACGCUCGACAGUCGCGGAUUCCGACCCCGCAGCGGUGGAGUUUUUUUGGGGGGGGGGGGGUUCUUUGUCUGUCUGCCAUGUGAAUAUAUUUAAGUGACACCAAAAUCACCAGCAAAAACACACCCAGAGGCGUAUCAUGGGCGCGCAAAUCGCUUAGGGUUUCACUUUGAGUGUGUGCCUUAGAAUUUUUCGCCGACCCUGACUUCUCCCGGACGAGUCUCGUUUUUAAAUUGCGUGUGGGCCCGUCGCCCUCCUUCGGAUGAUGCCGGAUUAAAAGUCCUUUUUGCUUGGCGAAUAAAAAGGUUGGUGAUAUUAGCCCCCCACCCCCAUCCCACGACCCGCAGCCGGCUGCCUGACCAAGCGUUCGAUGUGAUCGGUCGGGGAGAGAUUGAGUUUGGGGGGUGUUUGUUUUUUGACAGACAGUCUUUCCUUCCAUUUGUUCUUUUCUUUCUUCCCACUGUAGCCGCUCAUCUGAUCUCUGACAGGUUUAACCGGGGUGGCUUAGGCCUCUGUGAGAACGUUGAAAAAAGACCCCAUAUCGCUCCCCCCAAAUUUGAACGAUUGCGGAGGGUUGUGUGUGUGUGUGUGUGUGAGAGAGAGAGUGUGUGUGUGAGUGUGUGUGUGUACCCACAAUCUGCUUUUUCUCUUUUUCUUCCUAGGCAGUUUCUGUAGUUCAAGGACGACUAGAUAAAUCCAUCUCUUAGAAACCGUCUAUUUUAGCUGAAAAGGACAGUUUAAGCCACUACCUAGGCAAGUUCUUUUAAACUAUUCUCCUUUUCUGCCGUCUGACUGUGUAAAAAUGAGUUACUCUUAGCCAGGCCCUACCAAAAUGAAAUAUACUUUAAUAGAGAUGUUAUUUCCCAAAGGUAGAAGCCGCCGGUUUCUCUUUUCUUUACCAUUAAAAUCCUAAAUUAUCAAGUCUUAAAGCGCUUUACAGAUGGUGUUUGCUUGAAGCAAGCUUAGCAAUAAACAUCCCUAUCGCAAAUUACA